UGGAGGUCAAUUUAAUUUUUGAUGUGAUAGGUGAGUUUUGUGAUUUUAAAAAUCACUGCAAUAUGCCCCAUGGCAUUGCUAGAAAGAGUGAGUGAUCUUCUAAGAUGGCAACAGAAAGACCCUUCAUUCAUUUUGCCAUGGAAGCAAGAUUCCCUUCCAAUUUUUGCUGAAUCAAGCCCUUUGUACCACACGCAGAAGAGACCAGAGCCUCUAACCCCAGAAGAAGAGAGUGAUCUUGAACUUGCCAACCAGAGACUCCUUGAACUUUGCCAAAAAUGUGUGGAUGCCAAUAUUCCUUUGUUGGUUGAUGCAGAACACACCACAGUUCAGCCAGCUAUUGACUACUUCACAUACUCUUCAGCCAUCAUGCACAACAAGGAUGACAAGCCCAUUGUGUUUGGAACCAUUCAAACUUACUUGAAAGAUGCCAAGGAGAGGUUGUUGCUCACAACAAAAGCAGCAGAGAAAAUGGGAGUUCCAAUGGGGUUCAAAUUGGUGAGGGGUGCUUACAUGUCCACAGAGAGUAAAUUCGCUGAUUCUUUGGGGUUUGCAUCACCAAUUCACAAUACCAUUCUGGACACACAUAAUUGCUUCAAUGAUUGCUCAUCAUUUCUUCUUGAGAAGAUCGCCAAUGGACCCGGUUCAGAUAUUCUUGCAACCCACAAUAUUGAAUCAGGGUUUCAGGUUAGCAAGUACAUGCCAUUUGGGCCAGUUGAAAUGGUUAUGCCUUACCUCCUCAGAAGGGCUGAAGAGAAUAGAGGGCUCUUAGCUGCUUCAGGCUUUGAUAGGCAACUUAUGAGAAAGGAGUUGGGGAGGAGACUAAAAGCUGCUGUGUUCUAAUUAGCCAUAAUUCAUUGACUUUUUGUAAAAAUUAGAGAAUUAUGUGAUCUGGUGGAAGCUGUGCAUUCAAUGAAAUUAGAAUCUGCUUCAUGUUAUGGUAUUUUUGUUGGAAAUG